GCCGGCCGCUAAGGCAGUGUUGGGCUAAUUUACACUUCUAGACCACACGUAUCUUAUCUUCCCAAGUAGGAAACGAAGAGCAACAGCGGACGCGAGUGCAUUCGUCAAAAUCAGCUCAUAGAUUAGUUUCAGUUCCGCCGUAUUCAUUCCCUGUUCUUCCCCGGCAGCCGUUUGUCGCUCGUUCACCUCUCAUUCUCUCCCGUCCUGCAAGCGAGGGUUGGGUUACGCAGCUUCUGUUAUCGCCUCUCACGCCGCAGUUAGCGCCGCCAUGUCGUCUGGAAAUAAUGGUGAGAAGCCAUCUUCAAAAGAGAAAAAGAGCUCAAAUGCAGGAGCAUCUACUGGUGGUGGAAGGGCUGCUGCACCUGGAACAGCUUUUUCUGGAAAUCCUUUUGAUUUUUCUACUAUUACAGAGCUUCUUAAUGAUCCAAGCAUAAAAGACCUAGCAUCACAAAUAGCAACUGAUCCUGUAUUUACUCAGAUGGCCGAGCAACUUCAGAAAAGUGUUGCUAUAGCUGGAGAAGGCGGUGUUCCUCCGUUAGAUUCACAACAAUAUAUGACUACCAUGCAGCAAGUGAUGCAGAACCCUCAGUUUAUGACCAUGGCUGAACGCCUUGGAAACGCCUUGAUGCAGGAUCCUUCCAUGUCUUCUAUGCUUGACAAUCUGACUAAUCCUGCUCAUAAGGAGCAAAUGGAAGAACGUAUGUCACGAAUAAGAGAAGAUCCGUCAUUGAAGCCAAUCCUUGAUGAGAUAGAAGUUGGAGGUCCAGCCACAAUGAUGAAGUAUUGGAAUGACCAAGAGGUUCUGCAAAAGCUUGGCCAAGCAAUGGGAAUUGUAUCUUCAGGAGAACCUGCAGCUUCAUCUGAGCCAUCAGGAGCUGAACAAGGCGAAGCGGAUGCAGAAUACGAAGAUGAAUCUGCUGUUCAUCAUGCAGCUAGCAUUGGCGAUGUUGAGGCCCUGAAGAGUGCGCUUGCUGCUGGAGCUGACAAGGACGAAGAGGAUUCAGAGGGCAGAAGAGCCUUGCAUUUUGCAUGUGGCUAUGGAGAGGUGGAAUGUGCCCAAGUUCUUCUUGAGGCCGGAGCUGCUGUGGAUGCUUUGGACAAGAAUAAAAACACUGCUCUCCAUUAUGCUGCUGGGUAUGGACGGAAGGAAUGCGUAGCACUUCUGUUGGAAAACGGUGCCGCUGUUACACUCCAAAAUUUGGAUGGUAAAACACCAAUUGAGGUGGCGAAGUUAAACAAUCAGGAUGAGGUUCUGAAGCUACUUGAGAAGGAUGCUUUUCUAUAACAUGUUGUAAUGUUUGCAUCAGAUAUUCUGAUGAGAUUACAAAGAUCAAUCAAUCCAGGUUGCAUUUCAGGCAUCAUUCAACCUUGUAUUACACUUGUUCU